UAAUCUAACUUAACUUAAUCUAACUUGGAGUUAAACACAUGUAUACUCGCAAGAAUCAGUGCGAAUAUAUUUGAAGAGAUAUUAUCUAAUUUCUCUCUCCAUCUUUUUCUGGGCUCAGUACUUUCUGUUCACAUAACAUAGCUUGUGCACGGAUUCUUCGUGAUAGUUAUCGUGCAACUCAAAAACGCGAGAGCGAUGGCAGCGUUAUUCCGUACGAAUUGCGUGCAAAGUCUGCGUAAGGGGUUAGCUUUGUUGUCGUCCAAAGAGACGAUGAUGUGUCGUAGGAUAGCGAUGACACCGAAAUGUUAUGACAUUUCUAACGAAACGAAGCCUGUUAAGAGGAAGUGGGUGAGUUAUGGCUUCAGCCAAGAGAACGAGGCAGAAGAUCGGCAUGCCCUGCAUCAGACCAUGUUUGUCUGUGUAACUAUAGUCAUGGUAGUUGGAUUCACUAUUAUGGCUUAUUUACCGGAUGUCAGAGGCAAAGACUGGGCACAGCGAGAGGCGUAUUUGCAACUCCGUUACAGAGAGGAAAAUGGACUUCCUCCUAUCGAUCCCAAUCUCAUCGAUCCAUCAAAAAUAACAUUGCCAACUGAGGAAGAAUUAGUUGAUGUAGAGAUUAUCAUUUAAAUAAUAUAUUUUAACAACACUGAGAACUUUGUAUGUCAGAUGUUGUUAUUGUCUGCCUAUGUUGAUCUAGUACUUGUAUAUAAUGUUAAUUAAGAAUAAUAUAUAAUAAACGCUACUUUUUUGUGAAUUGAAA